GGGUCCGGCAGGGUGCUCCCGGAUCUCCACAGCACCGUCGGCUGGGUGGUCGUGGAUGAAGCGAACGAGAAUGCGCGGUGGCUGAACCGGUACGCCUCGAUCGUCCGCCGGUGUCCGUCGGGGUCCGGCGCCGACUCGCACGACCAUGAGCUGUUCCUCCGCGGCGUACGCACGUGGUCCGAACGCCUGCGCAACGAGAUGCAGGAUGAAGGCGUGCCUGAUGAAUGGAUCGAGGCGCUGGUGUGCACCGGGUUGAGGCCCGGGUGGGACGCGGUGGAGGCUGUGGAGGUUGGGUUGGAGAUGGGGGUGCCCGUGGAGUUUGUGGGGAUGGGUGUGGCGGAGGAGGUGCAGAGGGUGCAGGUGUAUUUGGCGCAGAGGGGGGUGGAAGCGGCGGUGGAGGAGGAGAUGGGGAAUGUGGUGGGGAAGAGUCAUAUCCAUGCGGAGCUGAGGAAGUUGUUUGAGGGUGUUGGGGUGGCGGCGGCGGAUAUUGGAAAGAUCGAUACGGGGUCGCCGCUGGCGGAUUCGCGGUUGCAGAAUCUAGUGCUUGACCCGGCGAAUUUGGCGCGGUACAAUGCGAUCGUGUCGCAGCAUCUCAAGGCGGGGGCUCGGAAUGGGGGGCAGACGGCGUCGCGGGAUAGGUAUCUGGAGAGCGAGGCGCGGAAUUAUGUGAGGUGUGAGCGGAUAGCGGAGAGCUUGCAGGAUGUGUGUGAGGAGUUUGAGAAUGGAGGGUUGGCGGAUGGUGCGGUUCAUCCGGGCGAGGAUAGGGUAGUGCUGGCUGUUAUAGAUAGAAAUUGUGUAGACGGCGUACGGAAGAUGGUUGCAGCUCUGUCUUCUUGAAAUAUACAGUAUAAGCGAGGCUCGCAAAGGUUACCUACCACCCGAGCGGCACAGGAGCAAUCAUUUACGUGCAUCAAUAAACGCAUGCUUUGCCGAGAUUCGAUAUUUUUCUACCUACAGUAUCUACAAUGUGAUGAAGUGGGGGC